UCAUAGUUCAUAAUACCAAAACUUCAAAAUUCCUCAAUAGCUGAAAAAAAAUCAACAUUCUGGUUCUGGGUUUUUUGGGUUUUGGAAUUAUCCUGCAAUGGAAGAAACGCCAAGAAAAUGCAGAGUCCUAAGCAAAGAUUACCAGAAAAUCCCAUCAAGCAACUCCUCCUGCCCAUCUAAAGAAAAGAGUAAUAUGUUCCGGAGGUUCAUGAAUGUAGUAUCCUUGAAGGUCAAGAAUUCUCGGACAAUAAAAACUUUCAAAGCCAUAUUACACAGGAAAGAAUGCAAUUCAAAUUCUGAGAAUUUUGAAGAAGAACCGCUUUUGGCCAUCGAUUCGUCUGAGAAUGAUCAGAGACUAGUUGAUCAAGGCCUUCAGAUGGUGCAUCAAACUCACAGUGUUGAUAGCCAACUGUAUGGUCGAAGGACUAUAUAUGUGAAAAUUCCUUCAGACCAGAAAACCAUGGUUCUUGGUGCAAAAGGUUACCAUUCAGUCCAUGACAUCAAAUCCAUGAUUCAGAACAAGGAAGGGAUCGAACCGAGGCAGUACACUCUAGUCCAUGGUGGAAAUCUACUCGAAGAUUACCGGACAUUGGAAUCACUUAACAUUCGAACAGAAUCAACCCUCCAUUUGAUCUUGAAUCCGAGACAUGUGUUACCAAUUUUUGUCAAAACGCCAAGAGGGAAGACAGUGAAAUUUGAAGUUGAGUUUUUGUACAAGGUCAGAGAUGUCAAAACACUCGUGGAGAGCUUUGUGGGAUGCCCUGUAGGUGACUGUAAUAUGUUCUAUGAAGGAAACCAGCUUGAGGAUUGCAAGACUUUGGCCUUUUAUGAAAUUGAAGAAAAUUCAGUUCUAGAGCUUCAAGCUUCUUGGAUUCAGAUAUUUAUUAAGGUUUCGAAUGGGAAAACCAUCACACUUGAUGUACCACGUUCAUGUACAAUCAGAGAAGUCAAGGAGAAACUUUGUUGUAAGGUAAGAGUACCAAUUUGUAUUCAGAGUAUUGUGUUUGCUGGAAAGCAACUCGAAGAAGACCGGAACCUGGCUAGUUACAACAUUCAGAAGCACUACACUCUUCACAUGGUACUAACGCCUUCAACAUUAGUGAUUAGGCAGCAAGUUGAUGAUUCAAAGGAAAGAUUAUGAUACAGAAGAGAAAAUUGAGGUUUGAAGUUACUUGAGUCACUCUGAAAAUAGCAUUGGUGAGGAAGUGGGAUUGAGUUUUCUGUGACAGCUUAUGAGAUUGGCAGUAAGGAAAUGUAAGAAAGAUUCCCAAUUGUUACAAAAGAUUUACCUGUUUGACUUUAAAGGGAGAAAAAUCAGUUAUGCCUCAUGAUGUUUCUACUUCAUGUUGCCUUUAUAAUUUUGGUAUUUAAAAUUCAAAAAAAAAAAAAAUACCUGGGAAUCUCUCUGGAUAAUAUAAUAUAUAAGUAUUUAGAACAGAAGACAUCAAUUCCUGAAGAAAUUUUAGAAGGUAAGAAGAAUUUCUGAAGGAAGAGGAUUGGAAGCUUAAAAGAAGAUUGAUGCAAUCAAAUGAGAUCUUUUUUAAUCUCUUGGAUUUGAUUUCAAGGACAUGGUUAUAACUUUUUAACAUUGUCUUGAAAAACAGGAAGAAAUUUACCAUUUCAUAGACACAAAGGAAGUACGGGUACAACUUAGAAGAAAUUGGAAACUCUGAAUAGAAAUUGGAAAACCUCACCUUACAAAAAAAUUUCUUCUUUUCAUUUUCUAUUUGUACAUGAACGUGGCACAUAAGUGUCAUUUUCUUCCAUAUCAUAGAAGGUCAAGAUUUUUCUAUCCUCGAGCUUUAUGUCUCAACGAACGCAUGGUUUGACAUCAGUCAAGGUGAUUUCAACUUCAGAUUUUACAGUAUUCCCACUUUCUGCUUUCACAAAAAUUGGCAAACACAUAUUUCUUGGAUUCAAUAUCAAAUGAAGGGUCGAUUUCUGUUCAUAUAUUAAGCGAGUCCAGUGUGCAGUAAUCUUUCAGGAGCUUUCCACCUCUUUGGAUCCCUUUCAUAUCCUGAAAUCGAGAUAUGGAUUCUUGCUUCAAGGGCAAUGGUUUUCUUGUUUGUUGGUAUUUUUUAUUUAUUUUUUUUUUUUUUAACAUGUAUAGUCCUUAGGGCACACAGCUGGCUACUCAAACUG